CGGAACUGGGCAUGCUCGGUGUCCGCGCAGCUUCGGGUCGCAACUAGGAAGCCCGUGCACGACACCGGCAGAGCCGAGUGGAGCGCUGCCGCGGCGGCCUGGGCCGCGGGGCAGGCGUGGGAGCGCGAGACCGGGCGGCGGCGAGAGACCCCCCCGUCCCGGGCCGUCCACCCGCGCGGCGGGGUCCGAGUCCGAGUCGGAGCGGGAACGGACGGGACGCCCGCCGCGCGGCCCUCGCGAGCCCCCGGGGCGGAGCCGCGGCCGGCAGGAGGACGCGGCCAUGGGGCUGCUGUCCCAAGGCUCGCCGCUGAGCUGGGAGGAGACCCAGCGCCACGCCGACCACGUGCGGCGGCACGGCAUCCUCCAGUUCCUGCACAUCUACCACGCCGUCAAGGACCGGCACAAGGACGUGCUCAAGUGGGGUGACGAGGUGGAAUACAUGUUGGUGUCCUUUGAUCAUGAAAAUAGAAAAGUCCAGUUGUUCCUGAAUGGAGAAGAUGUUCUUGAAACUCUGCAGGAGAAGGGGGAAAGAAUAAACCCCAACCACCCAACCCUCUGGAGACCGGAGUAUGGGAGCUACAUGAUUGAAGGGACACCUGGCCAGCCCUAUGGAGGAACAAUGUCGGAGUUCAACACAGUGGAGGACAACAUGAGGAAACGCCGGAAGGAGGCUACCUCUGUAUUGGGAGAAAACCAGGCGCUUUGCACGAUAACUUCAUUUCCCAGACUAGGCUGCCCUGGAUUCACACUGCCGGAGCACAAACCCAACCCAGAGGAAGGAGGUGCAUCUAAGUCCCUCUUCUUUCCAGACGAAGCCAUAAACAAGCACCCCCGUUUUGGUACCCUAACAAGAAACAUCCGGCAUAGGAGAGGAGAAAAGGUCGUCAUCAAUGUGCCAAUAUUCAAGGACAAGAAUACACCAUCUCCAUUUGUAGAAACAUUUCCUGAAGAUGAGGAGGCAUCAAAGGCUUCUAAGCCAGACCAUAUUUACAUGGAUGCCAUGGGAUUUGGGAUGGGCAAUUGCUGUCUUCAGGUAACAUUCCAAGCCUGCAGCAUAUCUGAGGCCAGAUACCUUUAUGACCAGCUGGCUACUAUCUGCCCAAUUGUUAUGGCUUUGAGUGCUGCAUCUCCAUUUUACCGAGGCUAUGUAUCAGACAUUGACUGUCGCUGGGGAGUCAUUUCUGCAUCUGUUGAUGAUAGAACACGGGAGGAGAGAGGACUGGAGCCUCUGAAGAACAAUCGUUUUAGGAUUAGUAAAUCUCGGUAUGAUUCAAUAGAUAGCUACCUCUCUAAGUGUGGUGAGAAAUACAAUGACAUCGAUCUGACCAUUGAUAAAGAAAUCUACGAGCAGCUCUUACAGGAAGGUAUUGACCAUCUUCUGGCACAGCACGUUGCUCAUCUUUUUAUUAGAGACCCGCUCACCCUUUUUGAAGAGAAAAUAAACCUGGAUGAUGCCAAUGAGUCGGACCAUUUUGAGAAUAUCCAAUCCACAAACUGGCAGACAAUGAGGUUUAAGCCCCCUCCUCCAAACUCAGAUAUUGGAUGGAGAGUAGAGUUCCGACCCAUGGAGGUGCAGUUAACAGACUUUGAGAACUCUGCCUAUGUGGUAUUUGUGGUUCUGCUCACCAGGGUGAUUCUCUCAUACAAACUGGAUUUCCUCAUUCCACUGUCCAAGGUUGAUGAAAACAUGAAAGUGGCACAGAAGCGAGAUGCUGUCUUGCAGGGGAUGUUUUAUUUCAGGAAAGACAUUUGCAAAGGUGGCAACGCUGUGGUGGAUGGGUGUAGCAAGGCGCAGACCAGCUCCGAGCCAGCAGCAGAGGAGUACGCCCUCAUGAGCAUCGACACGAUCAUCAACGGGAAGGAAGGGGUGUUUCCUGGACUCAUCCCCAUCCUCAACUCCUAUCUUGAAAACAUGGAAGUAGAUGUGGACACCAGAUGCAGUAUUCUGAACUACCUGAAGCUGAUUAAGAAGAGAGCAUCUGGAGAACUAAUGACUGUUGCCAGGUGGAUGAGAGAGUUUAUCGCAAACCAUCCUGACUACAAGCAAGACAGUGUAGUAACUGAUGAGAUUAACUAUAGCCUCAUUUUGAAGUGUAACCAAAUUGCAAAUGAAUUAUGUGAAUGUCCAGAGUUACUCGGAUCAGGAUUUAGAAAAGCCAAGUAUAGUGGAGGCAGAAGUGACCCUUCGAACUAGACAUCCAGCAGAAAGCGGAUGUGUCACCGUCAGUGAGUGACAGGUGCAGCACUGACUCUUGGCCGACCAGAUGCUGCGAAGACCAAGAUGGCCUGCAGUGUCGCUGCGCCGUUGGCUAGCCGGUGACUAGAAGCUUUCUUCAGUAGGUAAAUCUGAGUUUGUACAUGUGUAUACUAAAGUAUUUUUAUGAUUAACAAUGUAUUUUAAUAACAUUGUAUCUAAAGUCAUAGUGAACUGGCUUGUACAUUUUUGAAUUCUUACUCUGGAGCAACUACUGUCUAAGCAUUUUGUAAAUGUAAUUGUACAAUAAUAACUGCAUUCCAGAGUUUCAAAUGUUUACUGUAAAUCUUUAAUACUACCUGGGACCUGAUUCACUGAAAUUUAUUUUAAAAAAACAACAACAAAAAAUGCUUUCUCAUAACUGUUUUUUGAGUUGCCUCCUUUGCUGUGUAGGUAAAAUCACUGGACUGCACUGACGCCCUCUGAGGGUGAGGCACCUCACCAGUGAUGUUUCCUUUCCAGAGCAGCCCCACUCUCAGCCGAACUGAACUCCGAUGGCUCUUAGAGAGAAGCUCCUUCGGGAUUAGCCUAAAUACACAAACUCAGAGUUUGUGCUUAGAGAAUAUGAGGGGUAAUUUUGUUUCAUCUGAAAAGGGAAAUCGUUUCCUCGUAUACACACCGAGCUGUCAAGAGCAGGUGUCUGCUCCUGUGUUCACCGGUUGUAUGACCGCCGUGCUAGUGAACGGUCGAGUCAGCGCAGCGGCAAGGUUUUGUUGUUCACUCUCUGGUUUGCAGUAAGCAUACUGGCAGGCUGUCUUGUACCCGCCACUCAUUUCAUUCCAGAUUUUCCCUGGGGAGUAUUCUGCAUUCUGCUCGCUUUCUCUAUAAAACUCACAAAUCAAUCAUGAAAUGCACUAAUUUUUGUGAAUCAGGACCCUAAAUGUUUAAUUGUAAAUAAUUUGUUUCAUAUAUUGCUUCAGCUUUGUGUUAUCUUUUUCAUUGUUAACUAAUUAACUACUUCUCAAAUAACUGUACUGUAGAUUAAGACAGGCUUUAUGGAUAUAAAUAGUGACACUGUAAUGCUGAUUUUUAAAGAUUGCAAUAAAGUGGCUUCAGCUUAACUUUAAAGAUUGGGAUUGGCUCUAUAUCUCAUUUACUUUGGAAAGUUAAAAAAAAAUUCCUUUUUUUUUCCCCCUCUACAGUUCCCUUAUGUAAAUCAGGUUGUAAAAAGUAUAAAAUGUUUGUAGAUUUGAGAAAAUAAAAAGAAUCAAAUUCAUAUUUUUAA